CGUGAACGCGCCUCCUAGUCCCGUGGGGUAGGUUGGUGCGCGCGCGCAUGCUCGUGCACGGAACGGAAUGAAUACUAAACUUGAAGAUGGCGGCGGAGGGAGGAGGGAAGGAGACCAACGAAAUUAAAACUCAAUUCACUACAAGGGAGGGCGUCUAUAAACUCCUGCCGAACUCCGAAUACAGCCGGCCCAACCGGGUGUCGUUCAACUCGCAGGGCUCGAACCCUGUGAAAGUCUCCUUCGUGAACGUGAACGACCAGUCCGGGAACGGCGACAGAAUCUGUUUCAAUGUGGGCCGGGAGCUUUACUUUUACAUUUAUAAAGGCGUGAGGAAGGCUGCUGAUUUGAGUAAACCCAUAGACAAGAGGAUAUAUAAGGGCACACUGCCCACCUGUCAUGACUCGAACCCCCUCACGGCCACCGCAGAGAGUGUCUCGCUGUUGGUGGGCUUUUCUGCAGGGCAGGUGCAACUCAUUGACCCCAUUAAGAAGGAAACGAGCAAACUCUUUAAUGAAGACAGACUCAUUGACAAAACCCCAGUGACAUGUUUAAAGUGGGUCCCCGGCUCAGAGAAUCUGUUUUUGGUGGCUCACGGUAGCGGCAGCAUGUACCUCUACAACGUCGACCACACCUGUGGAACCACUGCACCUCAUUACCAGCUCCUAAAGCAAGGUGAAAACUACGCCGUGCAUACCAGCAAGAGCAAAACAGCUCGCAAUCCUCUUCUCCGCUGGACGGUUGGUGAGGGCGUGGUCAACGAGUUCGCCUUCUCCCCUGAUGGCAAGUUUCUGGCAUGCGCCGGCCAGGACGGAUUCCUCCGAGUGUUUUGUUUUGAUUCCGCAGAACUCCACGGCACCAUGAAAAGCUACUUCGGCGGACUUCUAUGCUUGUGCUGGAGCCCCGACGGCCGUUAUGUUGUAACCGGCGGGGAAGACGACCUGGUGACGGUGUGGUCCUUUUCGGACUGUAGGGUUAUUGCGCGCGGACAUGGGCACAGGUCUUGGGUAAGCGUCGUGGCAUUUGAUCACUGCAUUACUAGCGUACAGGACUGCGAAGUGCCGACGGAGUUCAGCGGAAGUGACGAAGAAUUCCAGGAACUAGUUCAAUUCAACGGAAGUCGAGAGCGGGCGAAUAGCGCCCAGUCUAGACUGUCCAAGCGGAACUCGACGGAUGGCCGAGGUGUCAGUGUGACAUAUCGGUUUGGAUCUGUCGGUCAAGACACCCAGUUAUGCUUGUGGGACCUCACCGAAGACAUUCUAUUUCCUCAUCUUCCGUUGUCUAGGACUAGAACUAACACCAAUGUCAUGAACGCAACUACUUCUUCCGCCCCAAGUGGCGAUACCGUGACUCUCGGUACUAAUGGUAACAAUAGCGUAAGCAGUAGUGGCAGUUGCGUUCCCUCUUACUCAUUAUCGCCCCCUUUACCCCGUUCAAACAGUUUGCCACACUGUUCACCAGCAGGGGGCAGUAGCCCCAACAAGCCCACCAGCAUCAUGGACGGCGCUUUGAUAGCCACAGGCGUUAGCAAAUUUGCAACGCUGGCUCUUCACGAAGCAAGCAAGGAACGGCAUGCCGAAAAGGACCACAAACGCAAUCACAGCAUGAGCUACAUCAGUAACAAGAGCAGUGACAAGCUUAACCAGUUGAUUGGGAUGCACGCGACCAAAACAGAAGUUGCUAAGGCACUAGGGACUGCCCAGUGCCCACGCAUGGAGGAAGUGCCAUUACUAGAGCCACUAGUGUGUAAGAAAAUCGCCCACGAGCGACUCACUGUGUUGAUCUUCCUGGAGGACUGUCUGGUUACAGCCUGUCAGGAGGGCUUCGUUUGCACAUGGACACGACCUGGAAAAGUGGGUCUGUUGCCGUCCCAAAACUCGGCUAACUCUCCGGCUAACUCUCAGAGCGGAACGGUUGUAUAGCUGCUGUGAUUUGUGCUGUGCACACAGAACCGGGCCUGAGCUGAGAAGGACUGAUCUACAGACUCAUUAAAUCAACACUGUCAUGCGUGUGUUGUCAUGUUUUGCUUAUUUACUGUGCACUGGGGAAAAUGGGCGAAUCUCAUGAUAACCUGUAGGGAACAUGUCCAGGUCAUGCAUUUCACCCCCAAAAUUAUAUUUUGCAUAAAGAAAAUUAAGCCUGUGUUAGGACGAUUAAGAUUGCAUGCACUGUAACAUUAAUUCAUUGGAAAUUAAGUAUAUAAGUUUACCUAAACAUAGGUUUGAUUAUGCAGUGAAAUGUUCUUGACAGUUUUAACGAGAUUCACCCAUGAAGAAUGUCGAGUGGAGCUGAUGUUCUGUGUUGUGUUCAGGAUUUUCAAUAAUAGUUCCUCUAAUUAGCAUCAGUUCCUCUUUGUUCUUUUAAAACUACCGUAGUUGACGGUGCAAUCCUUCCACAUGUAAGUGUAGUUUGUGAGUCAGAUGUAUUUUGCACUGAUUGUCUCGUGUCUUUCCUUCAUAAUUGCAUUGGAACAAAAACUCGUUCAAAGCCACUGAUGCGUCUCAGUGACGGCACGCCACUUCCCUCAUCAGCGCUGGAUCGUACUUUUAAAGUGAAAGGAAGAAAAUUGAUUGCACUAAAUAAUUAUAUAUAUAUAAAAAAUGGCUUUACAAUUUUUGGAGUUAAACAAGGACUCCCAGGAAAUGCUGUAAAGGAGAACCAAAUAUCUUUUGAACAUUUAUUUUAAUAUUGUUUCAGAUGAAACGGGUUAUUGUACAAUGUGUAAAUAUUGUAAAUUAAAGAUUUAUAAUGGAUUGAAAUGAUGAUGAUAAUACUAAAUAGAAAACAGUGGUAUUUCUAUUACAGAGGAUUUAUAUAUAUAUAUCUAUAUAUACACAGUGGAUAUAAAAAGUCUACACACCCCUGUUAAAAUGCAGGUUCUUGUGAUGUAAAAGAAUGAGACCUAUAAUGUGAACAAUUCAAUUGAAAAACAAACUGAAAUCUUUGAGGAGGGAUUUGGCAGACGCUUUUAUCCAAAGUGACUUACAGUGCACUUAUUACAGGGACAAUCCCCCCGGAGCAACCUGGAGUUAAGUGCCUUACUCAAGGACACAAUGGUGGUGACUGUGGGGAUCAAACCAGCAACCUACUGAUUACCAGUUAUGUGCUUUAGCCCACUACGCCACCACCACUCUAUUAGCAUGGCACAUCUUGACGUGGCAGUAUUUGCCCACUCUUCUUUGCAAAAGUGCUCCAAAUCUGUCAGAUUGCGAGGACAUCUCCUGUGCACAGCCCUCUUCAGAUCACCCCACAGAUGUUCAAUUGGAUUCAGGUCUGGGCUCUGGCUGGGCCAUUCCAAAAUGUUAAUCUUCUUCUGGUGAAGCCAUGCUUUUGUGGAUUUGGAUGUGUGCUUUGGGUCGUUGUCGUGCUGAAAGGUGAACUUCCUCUUUCUAACGGACGCCUGAAGGUUUUGUUCCAUAAUUCCCUCCACCCUGACUAAGGCCCCGGUUCCAGCUGAAGAAAAACAGCCCCAAGCAUGAUGCUGCCACCACCAUGCUUCACUGUGGGUAUGGUGUAUUUUGGGUGAUGUGUCGUGUUGUUUUUGCGCCAAACAUACCUUUUGGAAUUAUGGCCAAAAAGUUCAACCUUGGUUUCAUCAGAUCAUAACACAUUUUCCCACAUGCAUUUGGGAGACUUGAUGUUUGUUUUUGCAAACUUCAGCCGGGCUUGGAUGUUUUUCUUUGUAAGAAAAGGCUUCCGUCUUGCCACCUUACCCCAUAGCCCAUUCAUAUGAAGAAUAUGGGAGAUUGGUGUCACAUGUAGCAUACAGCCAGUACUUGCCAGAAUUCCUGCAGUUCCUUUACUGAUGCUGUAGGCCUCUUGGAAGCCUCCCUGACCUGUUUCCUUCUCGUCUUUUCAUCAAUUUCGGAAGGACGUCCAGUUCUUGGUAAUGUCUCUGUUGUGCCAUAUUUUCUCCACUUGAUGACGACUGUCUUCACUGUGUUCAUUGGUAUAUCUAAUGCUUUGGAAAUUCUUUUGUACCCUUCUCCUGACUGAUAUCUUGCUCUCUGUGGACCAUGGCUUUUGCUAUGAGAUGCAACUAAGAAAAUGUCAGGAAAAUCCUACUAGAACAGCUGAACUUUAUUUUUGAUUAAUCAGAGUCACUUUAAAUGAUGGCAGGUGUGUAAUGACUUCUAUUUAACAUGAGUUUUAAUGUGAUUGGUUAAUUCUGAACACAGCCACAUCCCCAGUUAUAAGAGGGUGUGCACACUUAUGCAACCAGGUUAUUGUAAGGUUUUUAAUUUUUGCCCCAUGAAGAUUUCAGUUUGUUUUUCAAUUGAAUUGUUCACUUUAUAGGUCACAUUAAAAGUAGAAAAAGUUCUGACAUGAUUUAUCUUUGUCUCAUUCUUUUACAUCACAAAAACCUGCCAUUUUAACAUAUAUAAUAUAUAUUUUAUUUUGGUCUCAUUUCACAUUCUGUGUAUUUAUCAGAUGGAUAUUUACAUGCAAUAUGUUCUGUAUGUUUUGUUUAGUCAUUAACAUUUGUUUUUUACUAUUAUAUUUUAUGGUAACUUUACAAUCCACUUUUAUAAUAUGGGAGAUUUGAUGUACCUAUUUAAUGGUACAUUUAAUUAAUUAUGUAUUUUAAUGAUUCAUUUAAAUAUUCAUUUAAUGAUUAAAUAUUUUGUAAUUUGGCCCACGAUAUUUUAGGCAUUAACAUGAGAUUAAAGGAAUAUUCCAUAUUUCAGUCAGCAGCAUUUGUGUCAUAAUGUUGAUUAGCACAAAAAUAAUUUCGACUCGUCGCUCCAUUUCUUUAAAUGUGUGUUCCAGUGAGACGCUUACAAUGGAAGUCAAUGGGGCCAAUUUUUGGAGGGUUUAAAAGACAGAAAUGUGAUGCUUAUAAUUUUAUAAAAAUAAAAAAUUUACAUUAAUUCUUCUGUUAAAAUGUGUGUAUUAUUUGAGCGGGAAAAGUUGUUUAAAUCAUACAGUUGUUAUAGGGUUUACCGUGUUGCGUCGUCAUGGCAACAGAGUUGUAAAAUUGUCUAUAACUUUCUGCAGAGUGAUUUUAUGACAGUAAAAUCAUGUUAACACACAUAUUGUUUAUGUCAUGUGUCUCUACUUUUGAAACCGUGAAUAUUUUAAUGUUUAUAGAUUAAACCCCAUUGACUUGCAUUGGACGUGUCUCACUGUCGAAUGAGCUUAGCUUAUAUUGAACCCGGAAUAUUCCUUUAAUUCAUUAGGUUUCACAAACUAACAAUGAACAAUAUUUUUACAGCAUUCGUUGAUUAUAAAUAUUGCUCAUGGUUAGAUCAUAAUGUCAUAGGGUUAUCAUGUUGCAUUUAAGAUAUUCUGUAAUUCGCUAUUUUAAAAUCUGCCAUGUGAAAAUGUUCAGUCUUGAUCACGUAUAAAAGUAACAGCACAAAGCAUUGCUCAAAUCUCAAACCCCAAGUAUGAACACGUUUGCAUAAUUAGAUCUCAUCCCGCCUGUCACUUGCAUUUUAAUUUAUUACAUAAUAUAUUGCCUUUGGCCUUUAGUUAUUAUAUCCAUUAGUAUAUUCCAACAGUAACUGUGCACGUCAGCAUCUCAGCGUAACAAACGCAUGUUGGCACAAGAGUAAUUAGUCUUGUUAUACAUUUUAAA